GUGCGUCCACUAUGUCCGCCUUUACGCACGCCUCCGUCCAGAGGGGAACCGAGCCGCGGGACGAUGGCGUUAACGGGAGCCCUUCUACUGGAGCUGGCUCUGUACGCCAGCAGCUUCGUCUGCGGGAUUGUUACCGCCGUGUAUCUCGCCGUCGUCCAGGGGGAGUUUGGAGGUCGGUGUAUGUUGUAUGGACUCGUCACCUACAAUGCACAAGCAGACGUCAUCGGAGUCCAGUCGUCCAGCGCCGCGUCCCUGUGUCACUUCGUCACGGCCAUUUCCGUCAUGGUGGCCGUGGUGUGCUUCUCGCUGACUCUGUACCUGGUCUACAAUUUGUGCAUCGAAAGAGUCGUCACGAGGGAGCGUCUGGGGAUGAACGUAAUCGUGGCGGCGAGCGGCAUCUUCCUGUUCUUCCUGCUCAUCACUGGCUGCAUGUUGAAGAUCGGACGGGAUUCGCUGUGUUCGUCGAUCAUGCAACAUGUCCACAACAUUACAAGUUGUGAGCAAGCCCAAGAUAAAACAUGGGUCAGUCCACUAACAGGAAAAUGGUUCUACAGCCGUCUGCACAAAGCUGAGACAGCAGUGUGGGUCAACUUCUUCUUCUGGCUCAUCAUUGGGGUGAUAAUGAUCAUUCAGAGGCGUCAGAAUACAGGGUCAAAGUUCCCCGAGGGAGCUUCUGGCGGGCUUUUUGGUGGGGGUCCGGCAGCGACGAGCGAAGAGACUGCGCCAAUUUUUGGGGGUCCUUCAAGUGUACCAUCACAACCGUGGGAAUGACAUAAACAUAUUUAUUAGCACAAACUGGUAACGUGGGAGUAGACAAAAGGGGUAAUUAUAUUUAAUGUCAUGCUGGAGGUCACGUGCUAAGCAAAUACCUUUUUUGGUUACAAUAUACAUUUUUAAAUAAAUAGUUUAUAGAGUGUAAUAGAAAUCACCCGACGAGGAUGGGAUUCGAACCCACGCGUGCAGAGCACAAUGGAUUAGCAGUCCAUCGCCUUAACCACUCGGCCACCUCGUCUGUGUGUUAGAUGGGAGGAGACAGUUGAUGACAGCACCAUGGAGGCGGAGCGUGUCUAACAGCGGCAUGAGGCCAAGAGCGAACCGCUCAUACGUGCAGUUACCUGUUUCCUACAUCUCACUAACCGAGGCCAAAUGUGUGACUAAUGUGAAAUGUGGGUUUCGUUUAUACAACCAACAUAUAGGAGAAUGUUCACUGCAGGCAUUUAUUUUACAUUUCAUUAAAACUUUUUCACGAAUUUUACAAAUUCCUAUUUCUAAAUUCUACGCACACUGAGUUUCUGCUUUGUUUCACCCAGGUUGCACUACUUGUUGCCUUUAGUCUUUAUUUAUGAUGAAUUUGAUUAUUUUAAACUGACUUGUCUUUUUAUUUUUGACCUCGUCUUAGGACGACGUUUCAUCUGAGGAUAAUUCAUUGUCAGUAUGUAAACUGGAUCACUGCUUGAAGAAACAGCCACUACUUUUUCAAACAAUAAACCAAAGAGUUUCAAACGCAA